GAAACUGAUGACCGUGUAGUGUACCAACAACAACGUAAGAUUGUUAACUUGUUGGUUCUUUGGGGUUGAAUGUAUUAAAUUCGACUUGAUUUUAAUAUAUUGUCAACAUAAUUUUGACGGAAAUGACCCUAAGGUAUUGAAUUCGUUGAAUUGUCUUGCUGUUGACGAAUGCUGCUACAGACUUGGUGUUUCUCCGGGCUUUACCGAGGACAUCAUUGUAACUACAAUGGAUGCAAUACUCAACACACUUAAGCAGUUCAGACUGGAGUCUUACUGCAACCAGUUGGUCCAGCUGGGCGUGAAGGAUUCAAGAGAUUUCCUGGAUAGCGUUACAGAUGAAGAUCUGGACAACAUGGGUUUUAGUCGUGUGGAGAAGAACCGCUUUUCAGCGAUGACAAACUUUCUUCAAAGAGCUCCGGAGCAGCAGGUUCAAACUGUGACGCCUGUGCACAAAUCAUUAAAGUCCUUCAGUCUGCAGUACACAUACCCCAAAUGUGCUCAACCAAAACAAAUAACAGAUAUGGAUCGAGCAAAAAACACAGUUGAGGAUCUGAUGAUGAGGAUCUGCCAUCUUGAAAGUGUUGGUAAUUCCAAAGGAGUCUGUCUCUACACCAUCGAUGGGAUGCCCUUGACAGAUGAUCCCUUCUUCAACACAUGGUCCUUGAAAGACAGACAUAUUGAAAAUGGAGCUGUGAUUUAUGCAAUCUUUACGCCAAGGGAAAACCUGAAACAGUUCCCUCAAACACCAAAGCGAGAGGUUGUUGAAACCCUUGGAAGCGAUAUUGUUCGAUGCCACAUCAUGCUCAAGGGAGACUUUCAGGUGACGGUGAAGUUGGCAAGUGACACGAUAUCGAGUCUGAGACUCAAGCUGGCUAACAAAAGUGGAAUCCCAGAACAUGUCCUUCAUUACGACUAUCCAAAUGGUGGUGAUGACACUCUGGAGAGUUGUGGGAUCUCUGAAGGGUCAACCAUUAACUUCUCUUUGUCCUCAUUUCCUCACGAGACUUCAUACAACGAGACAUUUUUCAUUAAUGAUUUUUUGCCUUCAGUUCCACAAACUCAGAAAGGAAUCAGUGUGUUCUUGUCUUCACUUUAUGCUGUUAAAAGUACUUAUAAAACAAAGCAACUGCAGAAACUGAUUGCCUACAUACGGAAUCUGACUGGAUGUCACCCUCUUGCCCAAAGUCUGCAUCAGUUGUUCUGCAGGAAUGAAACCCUAACCAGGAACCAGAAGAUUGCAGUGGUAGAAGGCUUGUACCUCCUCUUCAGAGAGAUCCUUCCUCAGCGUAGAAGACCACAAGGAGAGAGACUCAUUAAGGACCUGGAUGUCUUUGAGAACUCUCUGUACUGCUGGGCACAUCUCCUAUCAGAAGCAAAGAAACCGGCAGAGAACCAUGAGAACUACGCACCAAUCACUCUGACGUCUGAAGAUGGCAGCCGCUUCUCUGAGCCAGUCAGAGUACCUGGAGUACCUGGAGCAUUGGAAUGGGCUUAUGUUUGCCAGAAAAUCCAAGAUGGAGAGAAGAUUCCCAACUGCACUGAAGAGGUUUUGCGUGGAACAUCAAUAAAGAAAGCCACCGACAUUGAGAAAGUUCUACUCAGUCUGCCUCCAUUCGUCAGAACCUAUCCUCUUUGGAUUCACAAGGUCAAGACGGCUGGCCAGAACUUUAAGAUCAACAAUGAGAAGACUUUUGGAAGUAUGAUGGAAGAAUUAAAAUCUCCCGACAAUCAAUGCCUCAAUGUGACCCCACCUCUGCAUUUGAAGGAACUAGGACAGUGUGAGGCACGCCUUGUUCUACUGAGUGAAGACAACAUUGGCGUGUGUUUGAGAAAAGAGAAGUGUUCCCCUGAUAUGAUCGUAGUACUUGAUUGUUUGGAUGGCAAAAACAAAACAGUGGAUGUGAAUUUGUUGGCAGCCAGGACUGGUAACCAUGGUGAUGGCCGGACAUUUGUCACAACCAGGACUCCAAAAGAGGCUAUACUGGUGCUGAUAGACACAAGCUCCUCCAUGGAGGAAGAGUGCUAUGCAAGUGCAGAAAUACAGAAGAUCCACGCUGUGAAAGAGCUCUUUGACAACUUCGCUACGAGGACCAUGGCUUAUGAUUUUUGUCACAUCAUCGGUCUUGUGAAGUUCGACUCCCUGGUGAAAAUUCUUCACACAUUCACAGAAAAUCUGGAGACGUUCAAGGAACACAUGCGCAACAUUGAAGCAAGUGGAUGCACUCUGCUGUACGACGCUCUGCGACGGGGGGCGUCUGAGCUGGAAGAGGUCAAGACGAGGUUUCCAGAUUGUAGACUCCGCAUCAUGUGUCUUACUGAUGGAAAUGAUUCUGGAUCCUGCAUCGAGCCAGAUGCAGUUACAGCCAAACUGCUGAAAUCUAACAUCGUUGUUGACUCAAUCCUUCUUGGAAAUGUGGAGAAUAACAUGCUGCAUGGAAUCAGCAAUGCAACCGGUGGUUGCUGUUUCAAACCAAAGACAACCAAAGACGGUCUGAAGCUCUUUGAGAUUGAGACGGUUCUGUCAUUGGAGCAGAGGAAACUCAAGGAAACACUUGACCCCUCUUCCAUCAGCAAGCGUAGUUUGAGAAGAAUCUUUGCUACUCAUGGGUAUGACGAAUGUCCAGAGACAUCCUUGCCAAGCCAGAUCAACAGCAAAGUGACAGCGACAGAGAGUGCUCUCAAAAAGAAGAUUAAGGAGUCCACUAACGGGAGGUUUUUGGAGAAGGACAAGCGUGUGCUGGAGGAGCUGAAGAGCCUGCACUGUAACCCUCAUCCCUUCUUCAGAGUCUUCCCAUCAGAGUCAGACUUCAUGUUCUGGAGGAUUCUCAUGCAGGGCCCUCCUGACACACCGUAUAAGAAAGGCGUGUUUGAGCUGUACUGCCAGUUUGGUCCUGACUACCCAGCCAAGCCUCCACUCGUCCGCUUUGUCACACCCGUGUACCACUGCAAUGUCAACAGUGUGGGUCGCAUCUGCCACAACUUAUUUGACCGCAACUACAACGCCCACAUCACCAUGAGAGAGAUCCUAGAAGCUGUGUACGGACUGCUGAUCAGCCCUGAGCCUGAGGACCCACUGGACAGCAUUUUGGCUGAAGAAUUCCUGACGAGCCUUGAGACGUAUGAACGAGAAGCUGAGAAACACACAGAGGAAACUGCAGGGAAGUCACUGGAUGACAUGGAGGAACACCUGGUGGAGCCUGUUCCACAGUUUAUACCCCAACAUCUGAUCUGUCCACUCACCAAGAAGAUGUUUGUUGAUCCUAUGAAAACGGUGUAUGGCACAGUGUAUGAAUGCAAGGCCAUUGAGGAACACCUGAAGCAACACCAGUACGAUCCGACAGCCGGCCUAGGAACUGAGCUUAAAAUGAAAGACAUCAGAGCUGACCAGGACAUGAAGAAAAUGGUGAUGGAUCAUCGCACUCGGCAAAUUAACGUCUAAGUAACAACUGUGAAUAUUUACAUCGGGUUCACAAAUAGAAGGAAAUAAACCAGCUAUUCCUUUUAUUGAUACAACUUGCUCUUAUUACAUUACCUUUUACUUCUGAUUUAUAAUCAUAUACUAUACGCUUUUCAUUUGUCUCUGUUGAGACAUGUGUGUUUGGGGUUAUGUUUACUGAUAUAUGUUGAUGUGCUGGUUAGUCUGACACAAAGUAUUUUUAUGCAAUGAUGUCAACUUUAUAAGUGAAAAGGAGCAACUAAUACAAUUUUGCAAGAAUAUUCAAGGUUUUUUCUCAAAGUGAUUUAAAGCAGGAAAUGGUUGUUGUCAGCUUUCAAAUAGUUCAUCUUUCUAAUGUAAAGCAAUUAAAGAUGGUAUGUAUUCAAGUUGUUUUGCAUUUGACAGUUUAUGAAGUUUAUAAACUGUCAAAAACAAACUAUUUUGGGUUGAUAUAACACAAUGGUACAGAGAAGGGAGAAUAUUAAUUUAAAUAAGAAAUAAUGUAAGGAUAAAUCAGCUUUAAUAGUAUACAAUUAUUAUUUUAAAAAGGACUUGACAAUUUUUUGUAAUUGUUUUAAUUUGCUAUAUGUGUUUGUUAUAGUGUUAAUAUGUUCUUGGGAAAUUGGGGGUAACUUGUUUAUGUUAAAAUUGUAUAAUAGUUUUUCUAACUCAAUUUGGGAAUUAUGAUUAUAUUGCUGGAAGAUAGAAAUGCAACAUCUACUAUUGGAAAAACUGUUGGUAAAAUAACUCCUAUAACUGGACUGACAAUUGAACUCUCAUCUAAACAAUACAAGAGAGUAUUGGAGAAACAAAACACAGAAUAAACGAAUAUACAAAA